ACGUUGAGCCGAGCAAACUCGAGAUGGAUCAAUACUUGAAGACCUCGCCGGGACUCGACAUUCAGCCGCCCUUAAAGUUUCUACCAGACUACAAAAAUCCCUGCUGGUACAUGAAGAAGGCUCUUCACUGCCUACCAACUUAUUACAUCCUCGGUUACCCGAAAUGUGCCACCACCGACAUCUGGCACAAGAUUGCGCAACAUCCACAGAUUGUCGAGCCAGCCCAAAAGGAAAUUCACUGGUGGGCGAGUUACCGUUACAAAGGUGGCAAGGAGUCUUCGUUUCGAACGUUUUAUUCGAGAAGUUUUGGGAAAGCUGUCUCCGAAGCUGGCAACAAAGAAAGUAUUAUUGGUGAUGCCAGCCCAGAUACAACGUGGGAGACGAGACCAUCGUACAGACAGAUAUCUUACGCAACAAGGCUACGCAGUGUCCAUGAUGCCCCACGCGUUCUCCCUGCCAACGUCAUCAAAAGAUACACCCCAAAAGCCAAGUUCAUAUUCAUGAUGCGGAACCCCACAGACAGAGUUUACUCUCACCACCUCUACGAAGGGAAGCCAACCGUGCAAAUUGGAAAGACACCAGAAGUCCCAAGGUCGCAGAACAUGUUCCACAUCAAGGUGACGCAGAUCAUUGGACAGUUUCAAGACUGCUUCCAGAGGCGAUCGGUCAGGGCUUGCGUUUAUGACCCGAAUCUCCUUCACGAAGCGGGAGAAGCCAAAGUCCUCCUCCAGCCUGGUCUCUAUGCGGUCUUCAUCAGUGAUUGGCUCAAGAUAUUUCCACGGGAGCAGUUCUUGUUCAUAAAUACGGAUGAUUACAGCCACAACCAAGAAAGUGCUCUCAAAACGGCAUUUGAGUUUUUAGAUGUCGAUAUACCAGCAGACGACACAAUAGAGAAGGUAAUAAAGGAAGCCGUUAGGCCCAACAGCCGAACGGUCAAUGGUGUUGCUAUAGGGCCAAUGUGGAAUGAUACCAGAGAGCUCCUGGAUGACUUCUAUGAACCUUUCAAUAGAGCCUUAGCAGAAAUACUUGGUGAUGAUCGCUACCUUUUUCUCAAAGAAGCCCCCGGGGUGGAGUUUGCUCCAAACGUUAUCAAGAAAAAAGGGACGAAGAAGACUAAGACAGUGAGUUGACGGGUGGCGAAGGGUCGGAAAGGAAGUGGCCUAGCAGACCUUAGCGAAAACAGACAAAUACGUCCAGGAUAGCAAAUUCAUCCAAUUGACAGACGAUUGCGUACUUACCUUGUCCGAAUUGACGCAGCCACUGGGAAUGCAAUGCUGGGAGUAGAUCCUCAUUUAUAAGGCGCGCUGAUAGGUUUUGCGGCCAAGACUAUAGAGUUCGACGAAUAUUUUCCGACUGUGCUUGUCGGUUUACAUAAGCAUGCAGAUAUAAUAUUGUGGUCCAUUGUAUGCACGUGCCCUGUAAACAUGCUUCAAAUAUUAGUGGUGUAUUUG